CGACGAGACUUGUCCCGUUUCACGGACGAAUCCGGCCAAAAUGUGCCGUGUGUUUCCAUGGAGAUCGAUCGAAGCUGAAGCGCGCGUCCGUGCACGCUUCACGCACUGAUAUAUCCCGUCAUGCACCGCGCCUGCGCUAAAAAGAGAAGAAAAUGGAGCACGCCACGCAAAACAUGUUCAAAUGGAGCGAGGAGCAGACGGUGGAGUUUAUCCGUCUGAGGGGAGAGAAUGGACAUUUAUUCACCGGGGCCAAACACUCCGCCAGCGCUGCCUGGAGGAAAAUACUGUGGGAGCUGGGCCUGGAGGGGAAAGUCACUCACCUUCAGGCGAAAAAAAAGUGGGAGAACCUACAAAAGAAAUAUAAAGAGUGCAAAUAUCCAAGCAGUGGGGAAGGAGCGGCGAUGAAGGCCACCGCUGAAACUUGGCCCUGGUUUGCCCACAUGGAUGAGGUGUUGAGACAGAGGCCCUCCAUCAACCCCCCUGUCCUCAUCGCCUCUAUCCCCGACGACACACCGGGGCCCAGCACUGCCAGGCAGGAGCAGGAAGAGGAGGAGAAGGAGGAGGAGGACGACGGCGGCGACGACAACGGGGAGGACGAGGAAGAGGAUGAGGAGCAGCCGCCGCCGCAGCAGCCGCAGCCAAGGGGACGAGGGCCUGCAGCACAAAAAAGAAAGAGGGACAGUGAUUUUGUGCAGCUCUACAGGGAGGACUUACGGAGACAGUGGGAGCAGGAUGAGAGGGAGGCAGAGGAGAGGAGAGAACGAUUUGAAAGGUUGUUUGGCUUGCUAGAAAAAUUGGUGGACAAAAAUUAA